ACACACACACACUCUAGACCAAGCUUGAAAACACACAAGUGGCUGGAAACGCACACAUUUAGCAGCGAUACAGGAACGUGUGCUGUUAGUCUGAGUUUGAACUGUUGCUUCUCAUCAGGACUUGAAGUCGGAUUCAUUGUCUUAUUCGUGGUUCCUUCUCUGGUUCCGCCCACUGAAGUGACACUCGCUGGUCCAGAAUCAGGGCUUGGUUUGGUUCGAGCGUGUUGGGCUCCACACUCGCUCCUCUCACCUUUGGACCCACUGCGACCAUUCAUUCUGAAGACUGCUGGUUCUGUCAUGGUGGAUGGAACCGGGUCUGGAGGGUUCUGUCACGUCCUCAUCAUCACUGAUGGGUCUCCGUCCUUUAAGGAAUGUAUCAACCUAAAGACCAAACUCCACGUGUGUCUUGAUGUCGUCUCUGUCGUCAGUGUGACGUUCGUGCCUCUAAAUGUUUGUCGUUCAGUGUGAUCUGAAACUUGACCUGAGUCUUUAAUAGAAGAGCUGUGACCUUUAGCGGCGUCCAGUCUGCAGUGAAGCGCUAACGCUCACGUUGGUCAGCGUUCAUCAGACUGUGAUCCAGCGUGAAGCUCCUCCUCCUUGUCUCAUAAUAAUAAUGAUCUGAACUAAGAGCGUUACACAAACCCAUCAGUGUAACACACGUCACACAAGCUCCCACUGCUCCGUCAGGGAGGAGGUUAAUGUCCCACUGUGGGAUCAAUAAAGGGCAGUUAUUAUUAAGUAAAGACCUUUAGUAAAACCUUUAAGUAAAGUCUGAAGUCUAUCAACAUUUACUCAUGUUAUAUAUAUUUACUAUUUACAGAAUAUUAUUAUUGACAAAUAAUAAAUAAAUGACAAAAGUGAAAUGACCUCUUUAGACCCGUUUCUCAGCGCUGAUCUCUGGGUAUCGAGUGUCGGCUCAGACGGCGGUCGCAUGAAGACGCUCAGGAUGCGAGCAGCCGGAGCCGCUGUGCUGCUGUGUCUGCUCACCGCUCGCUGUGACCCGAGCAAAGCGCCGGAGGAGCAGAGUCACAACCCACAGCCGAGUGAAGAAGCCGAGGAGGACGAGUUCCUUGGUUCCUCUGAGUGUCUGGCAAAGAAGUGGACCCGGGCCUCCUGUGACCUGGUGUUCUGUCAGCCGUGGGAGCGCUGCGUGGACGGACGCUGCAGCUGUAAACAGCCCUACAUGUGUCCCAUCGACGGGACGCCGCAAGUCUGUGGGCUCAACGGGUGGAAGUACCGGUCCUACUGCCUGGCGAUGGCGCUCUCCUGUCGUUCCAAGAAAUCUGAGAUGUCUCAUUUUGGGGACGCGUGUGAAGAAAAUAGCCCCAAGUUCCAGAGUUCCACAGAGCGGAGCACGGGAGCGGUUCAGAUCUUCAUGCCGUCCAAGGCGCUGCACGCGGAGGGGCAGCGGCUGCUGGUCUGCUGGGAGCUGUGGGACAUGGCGGCUGCCAACGUCUUCUGCAGGCAGCAGGGGCACCCGCUGGGAGCGUCCAACAUCAGCUUCACCAGCGCCAACAGCAGCUGCGUCAGCGUGCGCUGCCAGGGCUUCGAGAGGUCGCUGGCCGAGUGUGUGAUCCAUGACCCGACCAGGGGCCCGGUCCACGCGGCCAGAACCACCUGCUACGACGCGUCCAAGCCAAAAGACAAGUGUGACUUCAGAUGCGCUAACGACAAGUGCGUCUCAAAGAACCAGACGUGUGACGGCGUCGACGACUGUGGCGACCGGAGCGACGAGAUGUGCUGCAAGAAGUGCAGGAGCAGCGGGUUCCGCUGCCGGACCGGCGUGUGCGUGCACAGAACCGCGCUCAGAGACGGGCAGGUGGACUGUCUGGACGCGGAGGACGAGUCGCCCCAGCUGGCGCCGAGCGGCCCGGGACCCUCAGAGUCUGAGCAGACGUCGGCGCCCACAAACACAGAGUUCACGUCUCCCAAAGAAGCGAUCAGGCUCAGCAGGAGGCACCUGGAGACGCAGUUACACUGUGGAAUCCCCAACAAGACCACGGUGGACAGCGGCGAGCACAUACGGGUCAAGAGGGUCAUUGGAGGCGUCCCUGCGAAACCGACCCAGAUCCAGUGGCAGAUCGCUCUGGAUGAGCGCAGGAAGAUCGACUGCGGCGGCGCCUACAUCGGCGGCUGCUGGGUGAUCACAGCCGCCCACUGUGUCAGGCCCAACCCGUCCGCCUUCAGAGUCAAGUUUUCUCUGUGGAAGAAAUCAACAGCUCAGAAAACCACUGACAUCGUCCCAGUGAAGGAGAUUUUCAUCCACCCCAAGUACAACGGCAGCAACUACCAGAACGACAUCGCCCUGAUCCGUCUGGAGAACCUGCCCAGGUCCGAGAAGUGCCUGGAGGACAACCCGGCCGUCAGCGCCAUCUGCGUGCCCUGGACCACGCAGCUGUUCCAGCCCAACCACACCUGCAGCAUCUCCGGGUGGGGCCGAACCGCAGCGGGAAAAGGGUCGCAGACGUUGCUGUGGGCCAACGUGUCCCUCAUCGAGGGCUGCCAGGCGUUCUACAAGGAGCGCUUCCGUCCCGGCAUGAUGUGUGCAGGGGAUGUGGAGGGAAACGUGGACUCCUGUCAGGGCGACAGCGGAGGACCUCUGGUGUGUGAGGACGAGCUGGGCGUGUCCUACCUGUGGGGCGUGGUCAGCUGGGGGGAGAGGUGUGGCCAGCCGGGCUUCCCUGGAGUCUACACGCAGGUGGCUCAGUACUUUGAGUGGAUCCGGCUUCACACAGGCUGGGCUGCAGUCACCAGGUUCAACUCCUGAAGACUCGAAAGCAAGCAUGGAGAUUAGCAUGCAGAGCUAACGAUGCUAAGGCUGCUUGUGUCCACUAGAUGUAGACGUUUGGUACAAGGUUCCUAGAUUUCAUGUUUUCAUGUGAACUGUGAAGUUGAAAAACGUCUCAGUGAGUUUAAAAACAAAAGGGCUUAAAUAAAAGAUAAUUAAAGGCCUCACAGCUCA